AUCCUUCCCAGAAUGCAGCAGUGCGGCGUCCCUAUCCCGCCCUCGCCGCUGUCCACUCCUACUUUUCUACCCGUAGUCACUCGGGAGGGCCGGAGUUUGGCAUCGAGGGGGCUGAGUUUGAGUGGCGGCGCCGGACGCAGCGCAGGGGUCACGGCGACGGCGGCUGACGGCUGGAAGGGCAGGCUUCCUUCUCCUCUUGUCCUCCUGCCCCGUUCCUCUCGGUGUCAGGCGCGGCGGCGGCGUCGGCGCAACGGGCGGACUUCGUCCCUCCUCCUGCACCCCCCUGCUCCCGAGCGUGCACUCUUGGCUUCUCCGUCCUCCGACCCUUCGCCCCGGGGACUGGGUACCUCCUCCGGCUCAGCUCAGGGAGGAGCGGGGGCCGGUCUCCUGCUCGGCUGUCGCGUCUCCAUGUCGGAUAACCAGAGCUGGAACUCGUCGGGCUCGGAGGAGGAUCCGGAGACGGAGUCCGGGCCGCCUGUGGAGCGCUGCGGAGUCCUGAGCAAGUGGACAAACUACAUUCAUGGGUGGCAGGAUCGUUGGGUAGUUUUGAAAAAUAAUACUUUGAGCUACUACAAAUCUGAAGAUGAAACAGAGUACGGCUGCAGGGGAUCCAUCUGUCUUAGCAAGGCUGUCAUUACGCCUCAUGAUUUUGAUGAAUGUCGAUUUGAUAUUAGUGUAAAUGAUAGUGUUUGGUAUCUUCGUGCUCAAGAUCCAGAUCAUAGACAACAAUGGAUAGAUGCCAUUGAGCAGCACAAGACUGAAUCUGGAUAUGGAUCCGAAUCCAGCUUGCGUCGACAUGGCUCAAUGGUGUCAUUGGUGUCUGGAGCAAGUGGCUAUUCUGCAACAUCCACCUCAUCAUUCAAGAAAGGCCACAGUUUACGUGAGAAAUUGGCUGAAAUGGAAACCUUUAGAGAUAUCCUAUGUAGACAAGUUGAUACUCUACAGAAAUUCUUUGAUGCUUGUGCUGAUGCUGUCUCUAAAGAUGAACUUCAAAGGGAUAAAGUGGUAGAAGAUGAUGAAGAUGACUUUCCUACAACACGUUCUGAUGGAGAUUUCUUACAUAAUACCAAUGGCAAUAAAGAAAAGUUGUUUCCACAUGUAACACCAAAAGGAAUUAAUGGUAUAGACUUUAAAGGGGAAGCGAUAACUUUUAAAGCAACUACUGCUGGAAUCCUUGCUACACUUUCUCAUUGUAUUGAACUAAUGGUAAAACGUGAGGACAGCUGGCAAAAGAGACUGGAUAAGGAAACUGAGAAGAAAAGAAGAGCAGAGGAAGGAUACAAAAAUGCAAUGAUAGAACUUAAGAAAAAAUCCCACUUUGGAGGACCAGAUUAUGAAGAAGGCCCUAACAGUCUGAUAAAUGAAGAGGAGUUCUUUGAUGCUGUUGAAGCUGCUCUUGACAGGCAAGAUAAAAUAGAAGAACAGUCACAGAGUGAAAAGGUCAGGUUACAUUGGCCUACAUCCUUGCCAUCUGGAGAUGCCUUUUCAUCUGUGGGGACUCAUAGAUUUGUCCAAAAGCCCUAUAGUCGCUCUUCCUCCAUGUCUUCCAUUGAUCUAGUCAGUGCCUCUGACGAUGUUCACAGAUUCAGCUCCCAGGUUGAAGAAAUGGUGCAGAACCACAUGACUUAUUCAUUACAGGAUGUAGGUGGAGAUGCCAAUUGGCAGUUGGUUGUAGAAGAAGGAGAAAUGAAGGUAUACAGAAGAGAAGUAGAAGAGAACGGGAUUGUCCUGGAUCCUUUGAAAGCUACUCAUGCAGUAAAAGGAGUUACAGGACACGAGGUCUGCAAUUACUUCUGGAACGUUGAUGUUCGCAAUGACUGGGAAACAACUAUAGAAAACUUUCAUGUGGUGGAAACAUUAGCUGAUAAUGCAAUAAUUGUUUAUCAAACGCACAAGAGAGUGUGGCCUGCUUCUCAGCGAGAUGUAUUAUAUCUUUCUGCCAUUCGAAAGAUACCAGCCAAGACCGAAAAUGACCCUGAAACUUGGAUAGUGUGUAAUUUUUCUGUGGAUCAUGACAGUGCUCCUCUAAACAAUCGAUGUGUCCGUGCCAAAAUAAAUAUUGCUAUGAUUUGUCAAACCUUGGUAAGCCCACCAGAGGGAAACCAUGAAAUUAGUAGGGACAACAUUCUAUGCAAGAUAACAUAUGUAGCUAAUGUGAACCCUGGAGGAUGGGCACCAGCUUCAGUGUUAAGGGCAGUGGCCAAGCGAGAGUAUCCUAAAUUUCUGAAACGUUUUACUUCUUACGUCCAAGAAAAAACUGCAGGAAAACCUAUUUUGUUCUAGUAUUAACAGUGACUAAAAGCAAGGCUGUGUGACAUUCCAUGUUGGAGAAAAACAGGAAAACCAGUUGAACACUCUAAAGUGGAACAUAGGAUCUAUAGCCUUGUCUGUGGCUCAAGACCCUGGCCUUGUGUACAAAAAUGAAGAAAUCCUGCAAUAGCUAAGCUGAACAUCUAACACUAGCUGUCUCCUACUAGAAAUCCCCUUACUGAGCACAUAACUAUAAAUACAUGUAAAAUUACAUGUAUAUGGCUAUAUUUUUAUUUGCUUGCUCCUAAAAGAGAAAAAAUUUCAACUUUGAAUCACAACUAGGAAUUGAUGCUUUAAUUUUGAGAAAGUUUUUCAUAAUUUUUAAUUUACUAUGGUUCAGUCUGCCUGAGAUCCUCUGUUAUAUCAGGUUUUGUGCACAAAAAACAGCACAGGUCAAGUACAUAUGGGGCAUGUGCUUUCUGUGCACUAAAUUCCUGGAUGAGAUUCUUCUUUCAGGCCUAUAGUCAAAUCUGUGUCCAGAAUUUUUUGACCUUUUUGCUUUGUAUAAUCAUAGAAGUUCAUUGCUGCUGAUUUCUAUAAUGAUUCAUGUUGUCAUGUAAGUGUCUCUUAAUAACUGAGGGCUGUCAACCUGUGAUUUUGCCUUUUCUAUUGUCUUACUCCCAUGAAGAACCUUUGUUCUGAAGGAGAAAGACUGAAAAGCUUUAUCCCCCACCCCCAGAUAUCUUUAUAUUUCUAUUAUAUUUUUUAGUUGUGUACUAUGUGCUACAGAUUCUUUUCAGUUUGUUACAAACACAAUUUGGUAAUUCCUAAAUUGGCUCUUCCUGCCUUCAAACAGAAACAUCUGUACAAAUCUUGCGAGUAUAUAAUGGAAUACUUUCUAGUAAAAUGAACUCAAAUUUCCUGAAAUUUGUGAGAGAAUAUAUGGUAUUACUUGUUAGAGUAAAAUCAGACUGUUUGACAUUUGAUUCAAUAUUUCUAGUAUUUAGUAACAAGUGUGUUGGUUCUAGUUCGAAUCAGUUUAUGGUAUAUUGCAAAGUAUACAUAGAUAAUGUGAGUAGUGCUCCCUAUCGCCUCUUGAUCAGAAACUCCAACAAAGCAGUCAAGGAUUCCACAUGAUUCAAACUGAAAUGCUUCCUUAGUUGCAAUAGGAAUUUAAAAUGUAAAAUACCUUUUUUAGUUUUAGUCCUCUGUGAAAAACCUAGGAGCAUGGAGUUGAGGCAAGGAAUGGUACUCAUUGAAGUCAAAAUGACUGCCCACUUCAAAAUCUUCAUUGUGUUUACACAGAAAUGCGUUUAUAUUAACCAGAGGCAUUUGUAGAUACUUUGCUGAGUUGUUCACCUCUAUAGAAACACAGAAAUCUGACCCAUUUUGGAAAGUAGAAAGUCAUGUCACAUAGAACAUGUCCUGUAUAUAUUCCAUACAUGGUAAUGGAGUCUUAAUGAUAAAUGCAAGAUGAUAAUUUAAUGAUGGGAUUAGUCUGAUCACUUAAGAGUGUAAUCCUGGAAGUGAAUUACUUGCAUCAGAUAUAGUGAUAUUUAUUAUUCUGUACAGAGAGAAAAAUACAUAUAAAACAUAUGCUUACAUUACAUGCACGCAGAUUUCAUGCUCCAUAAAUCUUUUCUAUUUUUUAAUUUACCUUUCUCUAAAUGAUGUGCAUGGAAUAUGCCUUAUUACAGAAAAAUGCUGUUCAUAAUUUGACUAUGUGGAAAAGUGCCUAUAUGGUGGUAAUGCUAGUAAGGCAAAUAGGACAAAUUAUCAUACCGGAUUACUACAUCACCAGUUAGCAUUUUAUAUUGUGAUGGUUUCAAAAAAAUUUAUACCUCAAAUGUGUAUUUUAUUUUACAAUCAGCUUUGGGAUGGGAGAAUGGGAGGGUUGGGGAGGGAAGGUUUAUUUACCAUCACCUCUGAUGGGAAACUUCAAAAAACUUCCAUAUGCCCACUAUAAAUGUUUCUCUGUUUGCCAUUUCUGGUAACUAUCAUGAACACAGCAACACUUUCAUAACUAAAUUGGAUAGCUUUAUUUUACAAAGGUAUAGGAAGUUUACAAAGCAGUAUCUAAAUCUAUUGUUAGUUGUAUUUGAAUUAAAUAUAAUGAUAUACUUUUGCAAUUCUGUAAAUAAAAGAUCACAAAAUAUUUGUAUUAAAAAAGAAGAAAAGAUACAUUUUAUCUUUGGGUAACUGCACUGGUACUUCACUAGAGUUAAUCCCACCCACUCAGAUUUAGAAAUGAGUUGGGGAAUAGGCAAGAAGUCAAAAUCUGAAGAGGUACUGGCCUUUUAGACAUAUUUAGACCCACUAGAAUUGUUUUCAUAUGGCUGAUUCCUACCCAGCGAAUAUUCAUGUUUCUUCAUCCACAGAUGUUUCUCUUCUCCCAUGCAAAAGAAAAAGAAAGGAAAAAAAUUCCCAUUUUUGGCUCACUGUUGUGUGCUGUGUUAGAAACUUGAAAAAUACUGAUGAUGUGGGAGUUUUGUCCCUGAAUGCCAGUGUACAGGACAAGAGAGCAGUGUUUCGCUUGAAAUUCAGGACUCCUGACUCUGAGGUGGAGGAUGAUCAUUGCAGCACUUGGUUUGGGAUUGCCACAGAGACAGCCAGACCAAGGACGGGGCUAUCUGUGAUGGAAGUAUAAGAAGGCUAUGAAGGAGAAGGAUUGGGUUUACCAUUUAUUCAGUUUCAUCAACUAAUUUGUACACCUCUACGACAUCAGUGUCAGUUGCUAUUGAGAAAUUUUUAGUUGGGCUGAGCUGGUUCUCUUGUGAAAUCGUGCUGGUUAUCUUUAAGCUUAUCAGUUAUUUGUCCAGUUAAACACUUUUCACCAGUAUUUAGUCCGAGUUGUACAGACGAUGUAUUUGGAUUAUUGUUAUUGUUCAUCUACAGACUCAAAACAUAAUCAUUUUAAAGUACCUUGAGAGUGUGUAGAGUGUAACUAUUCUAUAAUAGCUUUAUGAUCCUGAUGAUGUUUUUUUAAAAAUAAUAAAGUUGGAUCUUCCAUGUUACAAUCACAAAAUUAAAACCAGUAUUUAAAGUGGAAAAGUAUUAAAAUAUUAUGGACAAAUGUGCUUGCUUGGUUUGUUUUUCCUUAACUCCAAGAUACUGCCCUACAUAAUUCUUCUCUGAGUAAUUAAAAGCUGAAGUGCUCCAAUCAGUAUUCUUAAAAGUGUAGGUUGUUACCUAGUUUAAGAAUCAAGUAAACUAUUCAUGAGUUUCAAACAA